AUGGAGCCAGCGUGCACGGCCUCGUCGGGCAGCCCGCGCCCCGGCGCCCCCUCCGCGGCCGGCACACCUGGCGGGCCCUCCUCCGCGGCGACGGCGGCGGCCGCGCUCUCCUUCAGCACCGUGGCCACCGCGGCGGCCGCGGCGCUGGGGAACCGGAGCGCCGGGAGCGAGGGCGGUACCACUGGCGCCGCGGCUGGCGGCGGCCUCGGCUGGCCUGGGGCGGCGGGGGCGGCGGGGGCGGCGGGGGCGGCGGGGAGGCCGCCGAUGCGCCCCGAGGCGGCGCCGCAGCUGCUCACGCACGGGGCGGCCGUGGCGGCCCAGGCGCUGGUCCUCCUGCUCAUCUUCCUGCUGUCUAGCCUGGGCAACGGCGCCGUGAUGGGGGCGAUCGCGAAGCACCGGCAGCUCCGCACCGUCACCAACGCCUUCAUCCUGUCGCUGUCCCUGUCGGACCUGCUCACGGCCCUGCUCUGCCUGCCCGCCGCCUUCCUGGACCUCUUCACGCCGCCCGGGGGCUCCGCGCCCGCCGCGGGGCCCUGGCACGGCUUCUGCACCGCCAGCCGCUUCUUCAGCUCGUGCUUCGGCAUCGUGUCCACGCUCAGCGUGGCCCUCAUCUCGCUGGACCGCUACUGCGCCAUCGUGCGGCCGCCCCGGGAGAAGAUCGGCCGCCGGCGGGCGCUGCAGCUGCUGGCGGGGGCCUGGCUGCUGGCGCUGGGCGGCUCGCUGCCCUGGGAGCUGCUCCUCCGCGCGCCCCGCGCGGCCCCCGCGGCGCAGAGCUUCCACGGCUGCCUCUACCGCACGUCCCCGGACCCCGCGCAGCUGGGCGCGGCCUACAGCGUGGGGCUCGUGGUGGCCUGCCACCUGCUGCCCUUCCUGCUCAUGUGCUUCUGCCACUACCACAUCGGCAAGGCCGUGCGCCUGUCCGGGGUGCGCGUGCGGCCCGUGAGCACCUACGCGCGCGUGCUGCGCUUCUUCAGCGAGGUGCGCACCGCCACCACCGUCCUCGUCAUGAUCGUCUUCGCCAUCGGCUGCUGGGGGCCCUACUGCUUCCUGGUGCUGCUGGCCGCCGCCCGCCAGGCCCCGGCCGCGCAGGCCCCCUCGCUCCUCCACGUGGUGGCCGUCUGGCUGACGUGGGCCAACGGGGCCAUCAACCCCGUCAUCUAUGCCAUCCGCAACCCCAACAUCUCCAUGCUGCUGGGGCGCAGCCGGGAAGAGGGUUACCGGACUAGGAAUGUGGACGCUUCCCUGCCCAGACGGGGCCGGGGUCAGCAAGCCAGAAAGCAGUGUGCCAACCGGCUGAGGGGCUGCAGCAGGAUGGCCGCUUCCCAUCCCACCAGCGGGGUGGCCGGGGAUGUGGCCUUGUGGGCUCGUAAAACGCCAGUUGUGCUUUUCUGCCGAGAAGGGCCACCGGGACCGGUGACAGCAUUGGCCAAACAGCCUCCUCCAUCUGAAACCAGGGACACCAGCCUCUAA